AAAGUAUAGUUGGAGCAGCAGCAGCAGACGACGGCAUCGCUCCGAGAGUUGAGCUUACGGAAAUCCCAAGAGGCAAGAGAUCUUCAGGAUUUGAGCUUUGUGUUAAGAUUCCCAAAAUAUAAUAUCAAACCAUAUGGUGCAUGUUGCUCUUAAGUGAAUUCUAUAUGAGUUAUUCAGUGAAUUUUGUGCGCUAGAAAGCUCAGAAGUUGUUAUAUAGAAGCUCAAGAGUGAGGAUACAUUCAUCCCUAAGGGCAACAGACGUUCAGUGACAAUGAUUUUGUGUGAAGUGAAGUGGAUUUCAGUGGUAUUUCUCUAUUUUUGCGUGGCAUCUGUGUGCAGUGAUGUUCCCCAGGAUGAAUCACUGCAGACACAAACACGGACCACAGAGCAGGAGCCACAGAAGAAACCUCGAAGCUUCCUCACGGAUUACGUUGUGAGGAAUCAGAAGUUGGAUGUGGCUGAUGUGGAUAUUGUGGAUUCGAGUCUUAUGGGUAGGAUCAGUGAAGCCACCAGAGCCGUCCAGGUGGGAAAGUGUCGAAAGGAUCUCAAUGAGACACUCGAAGCACUUCGCAGAGGUGAAAAGUGGGCACUCAAGAUGUUGGAUGCUUCAGUGAAAGUGCCCGUUGGAAUUUACCAGGGAGUCGUCUAUCAAUUUGGAGAUUUUGAUGAGUGCGUGACCAUUGUGUCACCUGUCGCCUCAGACCGGAGUAACAUUCGAACACAAUACUGUCUCACCGAUGUAACUAUAGAUGAAUUCACAGUUCCAACCAAUUCUGCACGCAAUCGAUCACACGCAGAAGUGGGUGCACAAGUUCAUUGGGGCAUUUGCCUUCCUGCCUCGUGCACAGUGAAAGAUGUUGAAGGAUUUUUGGCCACAGCAGUUGGUCAUAGAGUUCAAGUGGAAGAGAAGUUCUGCCAUAGUGAACAACCUCUUGAAUUCACCAACAGUGAAGUUUUCUUCCUUUGCAUCCUGACCAUGUUCACACUGAUUGUUAUAGUGAGCACAGGCCACUCAAUUUAUCACUAUUGCCACAAUGACAUCAAUAAACCACGAUUGCCAACGCUUCUCAAUGCUAUUCUCAAGUCAUUUUCAAUUACGGAGAAUUUGGUGAAAUUGGUGAAGAAAGGAUCUGACGAUUUGGGUUUGGGUUGUGUCAAUGGAAUUAAGACCCUUGCAAUGGUAUUCAUAAUUUCUGGACAUGCCAUGGCAUUUAUUGCCGGUGGACCAGUGCAGAAUCCUGACUUCUAUGCGAAGCAAAGUCAGUAUGUGCAGAAUGCCUUUCUGCUUAACUCACCGCUUCUCGUUGAUACAUUCCUCCUGCUGAGUGGCUUUUUGUUUGCCAGGCUUCUCCUGGUGGAGCUGGAGAAGCGCAAAGGAAAGGUCAAUUUUGGCUUCCUCUAUAUCUUUAGGUACAUUCGCCUAACACCAGCCUAUAUGGCUGUGUUGUUCCUCUACAUGGUGCUGCUGGAAAAGCUCGGUUCUGGUCCACUGUGGGACGCUCGCAUUGGCCUGGAACAGGACCGAUGCACCAGCUCAUGGUGGAUCAAUCUUCUCUACCUCAACAAUUACCUCGGUACAGAAAAACUGUGCAUGUUCCAAUCGUGGUACCUUGCGGCGGAUACUCAACUAUUCAUCCUGGCUCCGUUACUGCUCUACCCACUGUGGCGAUGGAGAAAAAUUGGGGUUUACCUGUUUGCAGCAUCUGCUACAAUUUCCGUUCUCAUCCCCUUCGUUGUGACCUAUGUGAAUAAUUUGGAUCCCACCUUCUUGGCUUUUGCUGAUGAAAUCAGUGACUUGUCUGAGAACUUCUACUUUAUUAAUUUUUACAUCAAAACACACAUGAGAGCGACAGCAUACAUUUUCGGUCUCCUCACAGGAUUCCUUGUGCACUACAUGCAAGAGAAGAAUAUGAGGAUAUCCCAGAGAUGGCACUAUGCUUGCUGGAUAACUUCAGUUAUUGCUGGUGCUGCAUCCAUGUUUUCCAUUGUGAUCUUCUACAAUCCUGACUACGAGUCAUCGCGAAUUGAGAAUGCUCUCUACGCUGGACUCCAUCGGAUGGGCUGGAGCUUCUUCACUUCGUGGAUUGUUUUUGUAUGUGUCACAGGAAGGGCAAAGCCACUGCACAGAUUCCUUGCAUCUCGUGUAAUGGCCCCAUUCAGUCGACUCACCUACUGCGCCUACCUGACCAAUGGACUCGUGGAGCUCUAUCUGGCCAGCACCAUUCGUACACCCAAGUAUCUCACUGUCCUCAAUUUGUUGGGUGAUGCUGUAUCACAUAUCAUUCUAACUUUUAUUGCUGCACUUAUUCUGUGUUUGGUGUUUGAGUCGCCCAUUCAUGGCAUUGAGAAAAUUCUCCUUCGACAUGAUGAGCAGAAGAGGAAGAGGACCAACAAUAGUCCCAGCACGUCGGAGGAAUCUGCGUAGGAAGUGAAUGGUCAGAGUUUUCCUAAUUUCCCUUUUGGAGGAAAGAAAGCUAUUGGACCAUUACAGAUCUGCAACCAGUAUUUAAAUUUAUAGUUUUAUAGUCAUGUAAGUGGUGUUAAUUAAUCGUGAGAUUUUCUCUGGCUCUCUCGGAAAAUGACAUGUGUGAUAGAGAAGAUGUCUGAUUUAUAAAUCAUAUUGAAUUUUCUCCCUUAUUUGAAUAAUUUAAUUAAAAUUGAUGAAGAAAUUUUCUUUGUGGGAAAUGUGUAUGUUUUAGUCAAGAAAGUAUCCUUCUUUACUGCUUCUAUCUUUACCAAUUUACCAAAAUGAUAUGGACAUUUUAUGGUGUAGCUUUUUUUUCUGUAUGUAAGCUUUAAAAUAAUUCAAUUCAAAAUGUUCUCUAUUUAUUUACAUUGUAUCUCUUUUAUUUUCAAGUAAGAAAAAAAUGGUUUCACUUUAGCAACAAUUUCAAGAAAAAUAAGAAAGAUAGAAAUAAAUUAUUUUUUUAUAAUUUACAA